CUGCGCACCCCCAUUAGCUGCGCAUCUCGCGUCUCGCGCGCUUCGUUAACACAACCACUUCUAAUUCAACUUAUUUAACAACUAUAACGUCUCUAUAGCUCAACGCGAGGCUCAGAUCGAGCUCGCUCUUACGGCUAUUCGAAUAGGAGAGGUUAGUUCGAUACGAGCCGCGCAACGCGCGUACAACAUCCCCGAAUCUACGCUCCGCGCGCGUCUUAAUAGCACAACGAAUCGACGUACAACUUACCAAUACCGUAAGAGGCUCUCUGUUCGACAAGAGGAGUUCCUAGUUGAGUGGAUCCUCGAACAAGACGCUUAGGGCUUCCCCCCUACGCACGCUCGAACUCGCGAAAUAGCGACUCGAAUUCUUCGUAUAAAUGGCGAUAAUUAAGAGCUUAGGAAUAAAUUCGUUACCAAAUUCAUUCGAGACAAUCUACGCAUUAGAUCAGUUGUUAGAAGGCCUAUCGAAGCUGCUAGGAUUAAUGGAACUAACCCCGAGGCAAUAAAAGAGUUCUAUACGCUCUACGAAGACAUUAUACGCCGGUAUCGCAUCCAGCCUUAUAAUACAUAGAAUAUGGAUGAAUACGGCAUUGCAGUUAGCAAUCUCGCGAAUAGGUCUUAAUUAUCGAGGUAGUCUCCCCCCUUAGUCAAUUUACGCGUCCCCUUAUAAUUUUUAAGGGUGUAGCACUAUAAACAAGUCAUUUUCUACAUAAUACACCUAACUGGCUAUAUAUAAGCUCUGAAAAUGGCUGG